CACGUGACGCCGCGCUCGCCGGGCCCGGUCACAUGGGCGGCGCGGCCGCUGCGUCAGUCAGUCCUGGCUGCGGGCGCCGAGCGUCCGUCGUCUCCGCCGCCGCCAGCUGACAGGGCGGAGAUCCGGGCGCCAGGUCCUCAUCAGCCCGCCCCCGCCGCCGCCGUCGGCCGUCCCAGGCUGGGCCCGACCGUCAUGGACCGGGUCGGGACCUCCGCCUGUUCCGUGUGAGGCGCGUCGCCUCCCCGCCGGCGCUUUUCCAGACCCCCGGCGCCCCCGAGCGCCUGGUCCUCGGCAGCCUGUCGCCGCCCCCCGCUGGGCUCGGAUGCGCGUCGGGUGAAGGUGCAGGCCCGGUCCCGCCGCCGCCGCCGGGGGAUGGUUCGGGCCUAGAGGAGCCGGGACUGGAGGGAAUCUAGAGCAACAGCAAAGCUGAGGUCAAACUGCCAUAAGGAUGGACACCAAGGAAGCUGUGUUUGGGACAAAAAGAAAUCAAGAUAAGCAACAUGAACCGUGAAGACCGGAAUGUGCUGCGUAUGAAAGAACGGGAAAGGCGGAAUCAGGAAAUUCAGCAGGGUGAAGACGCCUUCCCACCUAGCUCUCCUCUCUUUGCUGAGCCAUACAAAGUUACUAGUAAAGAAGAUAAGCUAUCAAGUCGUAUUCAGAGUAUGCUUGGAAACUACGAUGAAAUGAAGGAUUUCAUAGGAGACAGAUCUAUACCAAAGCUUGUUGCACUUCCCAAGCCUGCAGUACCAACGACAGCAGAUGAAAAAUCUAACCCAAAUUUCUUUGAACAGAGACAUGGAAGCUCUCAUCAGAGUAGCAAAUGGACUCCUGUAGGACCUGCACCCAGCACUUCUCAGUCUCAGAAACGGUCCUCAGGCUUACAGAGUGGACACAGUAACCAGCGGACCAGUGCAGGUGGCAGUGGUGGCACUAAUAGUAGUAGCCAGAGGCAUGACCGUGAUUCAUAUAGCAGUAGUGGGAGCAGUAGCCGGAAAAAAGGCCAGCAUGGAUCAGAACACUCCAAAUCACGCUCUUCCAGCCCUGGAAAACCCCAGGCUGUCUCAUCAUUAAGCUCCAGUCAUUCCAGGUCUCACGGGAAUGAUCACCAUAACAAGGAACAUCAGCGUUCCAAAUCACCUCGGGACCCUGAUGCAAAUUGGGAUUCUCCUUCCCGUGUAUCUUUUUCAAGUGGGCAGCACUCAAAUCAGUCUUUCCCACCUUCAUUGAUGUCAAAGUCCAGUUCAAUGUUACAGAAACCCACUGCCUAUGUACGACCUAUGGACGGACAGGAGUCCAUGGAACCAAAGCUGUCCUCUGAGCACUACAGCAGUCAAUCCCAUGGCAACAGCAUGGCUGAAUUGAAAUCUAGCAGCAAAGCACAUCUCACCAAGCUGAAAAUACCUUCUCAACCACUGGAUGCAUCUGCUUCUGGUGAUGUGAGCUGUGUGGAUGAAAUUCUUAAAGAGAUGACGCAUUCAUGGCCUCCCCCUCUAACGGCUAUUCAUACACCAUGCAAAACAGAACCUUCCAAAUUUCCUUUUCCAACUAAGGAGACUCAGCAGUCCAACUUUGGCCCUGGAGAACAAAAAAGAUAUAAUCCUUCUUCUAAAACCUCAAAUGGGCAUCAAUCUAAAUCUAUGUUAAAAGAUGACUUAAAGCUAAGCAGCAGUGAAGACAGUGAUGGGGAACAGGAUUGUGACAAGACAGUGCCAAGGAGUACACCGGGAAGUAACUCUGAACCUUCACACCAUAAUAGUGAAGGAGCAGAUAACUCCAGGGAUGAUUCUAGCAGCCACAGUGGAUCUGAAAGCAGCUCUGGAUCUGACUCAGAGAGUGAAAGCAGUUCCAGUGACAGUGAGGCAAAUGAGCCAUCUCAGAGUGCAUCUCCUGAGCCUGAACCACCACCAACAAACAAAUGGCAACUUGAUAACUGGUUGAAUAAAGUGAACCCACAUAAAGUGUCACCAGCUUCUUCUGUGGACAGUAACAUCCCAUCAUCUCAAGGCUAUAAAAAGGAAGGCCGAGAACAGGGCACUGGGAAUAGCUACACUGACCCAGGUGGACCUAAAGAAACAAGUUCCGCUACUCCUGGAAGAGAUUCCAAAACUGCUCAAAAGGGAUCAGAAAGUGGGCGUGGGAGGCAGAAGUCUCCCGCACAGAGUGACAGUACAACACAGAGGAGAACUGUAGGCAAAAAACAACCCAAAAAGACCGAGAAGACGGCUGCUGAAGAACCUCGAGGAGGUUUGAAGAUAGAAAGCGAAACCCCCGUAGACAUGGCUACUAGCAUACCCUCCAGCAGACACAAAGCAGCCACCAAAGGCUCCAGGAAACCCAAUAUAAAAAAGGAGUCCAAAUCUUCCCCUCGCCCUUCAGCAGAGAAAAAGAAAUACAAGUCAACUACUAAAUCUUCCCAGAAAUCAAGGGAAAUCAUAGAAACAGAUACCUCAUCCUCAGAUUCGGAUGAAAGCGAGAGCCUUCCUCCUUCCUCACAAACUCCUAAGUACCCUGAGAGUAAUAGGACUCCCGUUAAACCCUCCUCAGUGGAGGAAGAAGAUAGCUUUUUCCGGCAACGAAUGUUCUCUCCUAUGGAAGAGAAGGAACUUCUUUCACCCCUUAGUGAGCCUGAUGAUAGGUAUCCACUCAUUGUGAAGAUUGACCUGAAUCUCUUGACUAGAAUACCAGGAAAGCCUUACAAAGAAACAGAGCCACCGAAGGGGGAAAAGAAAAAUGUGCCGGAGAAGCACACAAGAGAGGCUCAGAAACAAGCCUCAGAAAAAGUUUCCAGUAAAGGCAAGAGGAAACAUAAGAAUGAAGAUGAUAACCGAGCCAAUGACAUCAAGAAACCCAAAACAGAGGACAAGAAUUUAGCAGGCCACAAGCCACCCAGCAACAGAGAGUCAUCUAAACAGAGUGUGGCAAAAGAAAAAGAUUUGUUGCCUUCUCCUGCUGGGCCUGUUCCUUCAAAAGAUCCAAAAACGGAGCAUGGCUCUCGAAAGAGGACCAUUAGUCAGUCUUCUUCCCUAAAGUCAAGUAAUAACAGCAACAAGGAGAAUAGUGGCAGCAGCAAAAACAGUUCCUCCACGUCAAAGCAGAAGAAAACUGAAGGGAAGACUUCCAGUAGCUCUAAGGAGGCCAAGGAAAAGGCUUCAAAUAGCUCCUCUAACUGUCCGACAUCUACACCAACUCCUGAAGCUUCAAAGCCUCGGAGAACAAAGCUUACCUUUGAUGACAGAAGUUAUUCAGCAGACCAUUAUUUACAAGAAGCAAAAAAGCUAAAGCACAAUGCAGAUGCAUUGUCUGACAGGUUUGAGAAAGCUGUAUACUAUCUUGAUGCUGUGGUUUCUUUCAUUGAAUGUGGAAAUGCAUUAGAGAAAAAUGCUCAGGAAUCCAAAUCCCCAUUUCCUAUGUAUUCAGAGACAGUGGAGCUCAUCAAAUACACUAUGAAGCUAAAGAAUUACUUAGCACCAGAUGCUACAGCUGCAGAUAAAAGACUUACAGUACUUUGCCUGAGAUGCCAGUCUCUGCUGUACCUGAGGCUAUUCAAACUGAAGAAGGAAAAUGCUCUGAAGUACUCAAAGACAUUGACAGAGCACCUGAAGAAUUCUUAUAAUAAUUCUCAAGCACCAUCACCUGGCUUGGGAAGCAAAGUUGUUGGGAUGCCUUCCCCUGUUUCUCCAAAGCUGUCGCCAGGCAAUUCAGGAAAUUAUUCUUCUGGGGCCAGUAGUGCUUCAGCAAGUGGUUCUUCAGUGACCAUUCCACACAGGAUCCACCAGAUGGCAGCCAGCUAUGUUCAGGUUACAUCUAAUUUCCUCUAUGCCACAGAAAUUUGGGACCAAGCUGAGCAGCUUUCCAAAGAACAAAAAGAAUUCUUUGCUGAACUGGAUAAAGUAAUGGGCCCUCUCAUCUUUAACGCAAGCAUCAUGACAGACCUAGUUCGUUACACCCGGCAGGGACUGCACUGGCUUCGCCAGGAUGCCAAGUUGAUAUCUUGAACUGAACACAUUCUUGUUGCCUCUGAUUUUCUCCACAACACUGUGUUACAUCAUGAAGGAAAACUGCCAUAACAUGCCGCCUAGUCGACACUAAGAAUGAGGAAUGGUGUUCUCCCAUGUUCAUAUGUUAUUGUUUUUUAUAGCCCAAAGCCAUCAUGUCAGUUGGCCCUGUCAAUAUUCCCAAUAUGAAAAAUCAUGUAAAUGCUUUUAAAUCUGCAGCAUAUUGAUAAGAUGGUUUCGGUGAUCUUUAUUAAUAAGAUUGAAAUUCCAACUGCAGUUCAUAAGUAAUCAAUUGAAAUUGUAUUUAUUUUAAUUUUUUUAAGUUCCCACAUUGGGGCUAGUUUAAAACUUCAUUAUUUCUGCCUAUAAAUUUAUCCUGUUAAAUAUUGAACAUAAAUGUAAUGUAGGCAUUUUUAUUUAUAGACUUUGGGAGCUUUGUUACCAAUUAAUGUCUUUUUGUGGUAGCUCUUCUAAGAGUAAUAGUUGGUUCAUUUAAAAUAUGGACAUGUUCUUUCUAUACCUACUACCUGAUAAUAUUUCAGUUAUUAACUACAAUUUUAUUAAUGCAGAAUUUAUACUUAGUAUUAAGGAUAUUCUACAUAUGAAAAUCACUUAAAUAUGAGAAGAUAGCAUUCUACAUGGGUGUAAAACAAAUAUGUCUGAUUUGGUAUGCAUUAUUUCAAGAACUGUGAACGUGUGUUGAUAACACUAAUAAUCACAAGGUGACUACAACUUGCAUUUAAUGCAUUACAAAAGAGGGCAGGCAGACUUUCUAGGAGAAGUAUAUCAAAUGAAGGGUUUCAUAAAGGACAAUCUUGAACUUUACGGAUUUUACUAAAACCAUGUGGUAGUAGGUUUUUGGUUUGUUUUUUUUUCUAAUUAUUAAAAUUUAAAUAAUGUAAGUUACUGUAAAGCAAAGGAUGAUCCAACUCCUGAAAGUUGCUGUCUAUAUCUUUUUCAUUAUUGAUAUUUAAAGGUAAAAUCUCUCUUCAGAAUUCUUAUAUAAGUAUUCUUCCACACUAGAUUGUGAUGCUCAAAUAGGAGCAUGCAGUGACUGAUACUGAAAUGGGCUAGAGCUUUGGUGUGUGUGCUUUUGUUAUACAACUUAGAGGUCUAAUGCCUGAUGUAGAGAUGAUGAAUUUCUCCUUUUAGACCUGUUUUGUAAUUAGUCCCUUUGUAUUAUGAAGGCCCUCAUCAAUUAAAUAUGUUUCUGAUAGGAUCAGAAAAUUCACACUAGAAAAGUACCUAAUGGUUCAAUGUGAGCUCUUGGGAAGGGGUGGGGAGGAGGGGUAUUGCUUAAGAAGCCAGCUCUAUAAGAGUUGUACCUUUUCCUAUAAGGUGCAUAUAAGAGUCAAAGGUGAGAAAUAUUUCCUCUAUCUUGUUUUAGUGCCCCUAUCAUGUCUAGUGUGCCUUAAAUCUUACCUUUAAAUGAAGACUCUGGACUGUUUACAGAUGAAGUUUUACACUAGGACCAGAUCACCCAUGUGGUUGGUCUCCUGCAGUAACAAUGUUAAAUUCUCUCUUCUUUUACAUCUUUAGGGUCGCAUAAAGAUGAAUGCUUUCAGAGAAGCUAAUGCUUUUGUACAUGACUUAAUCUAACCUAUUGGGUAAUGCUGUUUCAAAAAAUACUUUGUCCUUUUCCCCAUUCUAAAAAUGAAUCCACCCAAUCAGAAAAAAAAAGGAUUAUCCUGAUAUUUA